CAGAUCGCCAUAUUUCCGAGUAAAGGCUGAUUGUUUUCUUCCUAGCUCCGCUGAUUUCUAUCCAUUAAUCCAGUCAAAACUAUGGUGGAUUACAGUAAAUGGGAUCAUAUUGAAGUAAGUUUUCAUUUUACCGAUAUUAUUACAUGUAUUUUAAUAUCCACCUUUGACAAAUUCUGAGCUGAAUUGGAUGUGAGAAAUACGACUCAGAUUGACCAUGUUCCUUAUGAAAUCAAAGUAUGCACCAUUGCCUUCAGCAUACAGUUGAUCAGCCAUUACACAAGUACAAACAUAAAUUUUCAAAUUUCUUUUGAUAGCAUAUAUACUAACUUCCCCUAGACAAUAACAUUUCUCUAAAAUAUUGUUCUAGUUUAGUAAAAUAAUUAUUUAAGCUUUAUCUUCCUAAUGCAAUUGUAAGCAUGAGCUUUAUCAUCCAUGAGAUUCUCUCUGGGUAUUUGCAGACGUUGCUUUCAUUGUGGUUGCCCAUCAAAAGUGUGGUUCUAAAAAAUAUCCAUACCCCUGGAGGGAAUUUCACUGAAGACCCCCUUAGGUACUGAUCGCUUGUUAUGCCCGUGAGGGGGAGGUACUUUUGUUGUCAGCAACAAAACGUUACCCGUAUAAAGGUUGACCAAGGAACCUAUCAGCUAUUUCUCCUACCAGGAAUGUAGUGUGCAUGUAUGCACAUAUGCCUAUGCAUACAGUACCCUGGGUACCAGAGGUUUUUCUUGCGUGUGGUGGGAAUUUUCAGUGUUGGCCGAAGGCUGACACAUUUUUGGCCACAAGUGGCGAAGCGGCAAGAAAAAACCUCUGGUAUGGAGGGGUGCUAUUUACCGUCCCCGUUGACCUUUGAACUUUUUUAUUGGGUUACAUUUACAUCAAGUCUCCAACUGUGAUCAUGUGGACCGGCACGUGAAGAAAUGUCCAAAGACUCACAUUAUCCUUAGAAAAACAAGCUUGAGUUUAAAAUUCAAAGCAAUCAUGACUGAGUCACAUCGCAGUUCUCCAUAGUUGAUGUAACUUCAUUUUAAGCUGCAAUUCAUUCUUCAAGAUUGGGAUCUGAAAAUCACUAUCUGUGAGAAUUUAACAUCCUGCUAAAAAUGCUAUUGAAUGAGCUGGGCCCAACGUGACAAAACAUUUCAGGAAACUGUCACAUUCACGGACAAAAAGAAAAUUGCUUAUAAUAAUUCAGAUCGUGAAAGGUUUGAACCGAGGAGUCAUUUCAAAAGUAGGUCGAGUUUGAUCGCCCGGGUGAACGUAGCCCUGAAUAGGACUGUUGUUGUUGACAGUGACUGAUGUUUCGACAACCUGUGUGGUAGUCAUCUUCAGAGUCAAAUUGAGUUGUAUCACGUCAGUUACUGAUAUUAUACUCUGGUUAUUGAUCUGAUUGGUCAAUUAUGUCGCGAUGUUAUUGGUCGUCUGUCAGUUAAGCCGUGAUGUUAUUGGCUAUGAAGACUCGUAAUCAGUAAUUGAUGCAUUUCGAUCCUUCUGUUGUCACAGUUAAACAGUCAUCUAUUGUUAGUCAAAUUGUCAGUUCUCCAGUCGUUCUCUCGUAGUUAGUUUUGCUUGAUCUCGUCAAUAAGUCAUUUGUACGGAGCUGGUAACUGUUGGCUACGAUUCAGUGGCAUCUGUUCUAAGUUAGUAAACUAGCUUUAUUUUUAAAGUAAGACGUUGAUAGUAGUCUGUAGAAUACGUUAUACAUGUCGCAGAGUCCCAGUUAAUUUGAUGUUUCAUCUUUAAAUGGUCCUCAGCAGUGUGAUUGUUGACGUCACCAUUCCUCAUCACUCGUUUGUGUUCGGUCAGUCGCGUACUUAGGUAAUAAUAAUUCAGAUCGUGGAGGCUCUUUGGAGAAAUUAAACAACUUAAAACCAUUAUUUUAAUAGCUGCAAUGAAGAGCUUAACAUUUCAAAAGAGGUCAAAGAAAAUGCUCUUGCAUCAGAGGGCAAAUCAUGCUGACUAGAAACAAUAACCGCAGAAAAUCAAUAUGCCUGUCAUGACCUCUCAGUAUGAAAUAAGCGGCAAAAAUCAAAUUUGCUCAGUCAAAACAUUUUCCUCCAGAGGUCCCAGAGCAUAAUCUACUCAUCAGAUAAAAAAAAUUCAUUGGACCAAGCAGCAUUUUGGCAUGAGGUAAAAGCUGUGUGUUGCUUACUGACCCCCUUUUGGUACUAAAAAUUGUUGGAAAAGUUGAAUGUGAUAAAAGCUUAAUUCCGUUGAAUAAAAUUAAAUACCCCACUUGUUUGCUUAUCGCUUAACUUGUCUACACUGUCAAACCGUUCUAGUACAUUGCUUAUGCGUUCCUUCCAUGCUCUUUCGGGUCACUAUAAAGGCUUGACAGAAACCGGAAACCGUGAGAGAAAAGUCUUUGGCACCCAGGGUAUGCAUAUAGCUGAAAUCUGGAAAAAUACAUUUUUUUUUUUUAUUUCCUGAAAUCAUCGUUAUCAUUAAAUCAGGAUAAAUAUUUUGCAUUAUAUUGGUGUUUUUGUGUUAGAAUUUCCUUUAUCCUUUUACUGAUUAAGUGGAGUGGAGUUGAUCUGAACGUGAAGCCACAGACCUUGUUUGAGACUUUUGACCUAGCCAGCUCCAAUUCUAUCCCGGAGUAUAUGUAGCUUUCAUAACUUUGUUGACUUAUCCUGUACUGUCAACGUGCACCGCUGAGCUUAGCUUCUGCGGUAGGAAGAGACUGCAAACUCCUUAAUUUAUGAAAGACUAUGACAGACGAGAGAUUGAGUUCUCUUGCAGUUCUGUAAUUGAUAUUGAUGGCAUUCAGUAACAGAGUUUGCCUGUCGGAAGGGUACACUCUCGCCCUUUGCUUGUAACCUCCUGAAUUGCAUCACUGUUUUACCCUUUCUUGCCAUAAACACUGUACCUUACCGAUAACACUAGAAAUGGGUAAAAAAAAAUACUUCAUUUUCCUUCGUCUUUAUUUACUGAAAAUGUCCUGCAGAAAACGCAGGAUAUGGCAUUUUUGAGACCCUAAAUUAAAAAAUUUCUGGGAGAGUAUGCCCCCAGACUCCCUCAGGUGUGGGGUGCCUUUGGCGUGCUAACUUUUCCUCUGCAUGCACCUUCAAAAUCUCACACUAGGCUGCUGACUACCGGUAUCUUAUAGCUUAUGAGAUCAAUGCCCACGGAUGGAAGAAGAGACUUGGUCUAGAAGGGGUUGGGGCGGGGGUACAAUUUUCAUAUGUAAUUAUUAUUAUUAAUUGUUUUUUUUGCCGGGGGGAGGUAAGUUUUGAUACAAACACUUUUCUGAACCCCCUCCCCCCCAAGGACAAUCAACGAUGGGUCCCUUACCUCCCUGGAUUUUCAUUUUUGUAGGGAACUCAUGUCCCCCUAACCAUAAUUUCCGCACUUGUGUACAUGUGACAAAGACCCUCACCCCCCAACUCUUCUGGAAAACUUCAUUUGCACAAUAAAAGGUCAUUUAGGUAAAAGGACAAGGCCAUUUGUGGUUAGUACACAGUGGUUCCCAUUUAUUAAUAAGACUCGCAGCAUCAGUCAGAACACACUGUGCUACCUACAGUACAAAGUAACCAAAUUUGUUCCCUUUAAAUGAAAGAGAUUAUGUUAAGUUGUGUGUGUGAAUUUACCUUAAUUUGCAAGCGUACGAUUUGUUUUCCCUAGGGUGACUGAAAUCCACUAUCUCUUAACAACAUCGGUCAAUGCAUCAUCAAAAGAAUAGGUUAUGAGCAUUUUUUAGCAUUAAUAAAGUGAUCACCACGGGUUUCUCUCAGCUAAUUCUUUAAGGAAAUAUAUGGACAUCAGUGUGGAACAUUUGCUUGUGGAUACUGGGGCUUAAAAAGCAUUAAAUAUAAAAUAUACUUUUAAGGGGAUUAUUAUUGCAAAUCUUAAGAUGGUCAUCCUCAUGCAUUUUGCUGUAGGUCAGUGAUGAUGAAGAUGACACCCACCCCAAUAUUGAUACACCCAGUCUGUUUAGAUGGCGGCAUCAAGCGAGAGUGGAAAGAAUGGAGGAAGCAAAGAAAGAAAGAGAAUCAAUGGAUACAAAGAUUUCCCAGUAAGCCAGUUAAAAUAGGACAAUUUUUAAUGAUAAGAUUGUCAAUAAAGAGGAAUCCACAGAGGCUGGUGGGGCCGAGAACUGUUGACAAGUGCAGGUUUAGUGCUAAUUACCGUAACCUUUCACAAAGGUCCUUAUGAGGCUACAACCCUGCAAGCAAUGGUUUCUCCAGGCCGGAUGCUAUGCUAUGAAGGGAGAGAUACCACUGCGAGCAACUGUUUGCUUUUCCAUUGAGCAUCUAUACAUCAAAAUGUCAAAUGACAUCACUUUCUUUUCAUUGCCAGGAAUCAUUAGAAACUUUAGGAUUCAACAACAUGACAGCAAUGAGAAGAUCAAAAUAACAAUUUGUUUAAUAAAGCAAAACUACAACUUGCACUUGCAUCAUUCAUUUUUGUACAUUUCCUUGCUUUUUGCCAACUAGGUUGUGAAAAUGCCUAAUUUUGCGUUUUGUGGAGAACAUGAACAAGCAAUGAUGAAAUUUAGUUUCUUUUUCUGAACUUGGAUAUGGUCCCUAGGAAUUCAAGUCCAGUUGGGUCUGCAUGUAUUUGACAAAGUGGUUAGAAGUGACUGUAAGCAUAAGCAAAUGCGUGAGAGUCUUAACUUGUUUAAUUUAAACUUAUUUUUAAACGGGAUUUACCUUGUCAAAGUUAAUUUAUUCAUCCCUGGUGCUGGAUCAUGGCUUGAUAAAAGAAGCUUGCAAAUAGUUGCUUGCAGUGAUUUCUCUCGCCUUGUAGAGUAGUGCCCAGCCUGGAGAAUAAGCUGCUUCUUGCAGGGCUUAUGAGGUAACUGACUACCCUUCCAAUCCCAGAUGAAACAUUGCUGGCCAGCAAUGUUUUGUGUUUAACUUGACAGCCUAAAUUUCAUUUCUCAUUUUCUUAGCUCUCUCUCAAACACUAGCUGUAAGAAAUAAGUACACUGUAUGAGACAUCAAUGCUCCUGUUCUGUUCUGAAACAUUUAGAUCUGUUGCUAAUUACAGUCUGGCUGUAAUUAAAUUGGUUCAAAACUAUGUACUGUAACAAAGGUAAUGAACAGUUGCAUAAUAUGGUGUGAUCUUUUGACAUGUUUCAUGUGUUUUUUUAUUUUUUUUUUCUAGAACUAAAAAGAAACUUGAUCAAGUGAGACAGCAACUUAAGGAUGUGAAAGUAACAGAUGAUAAAGCAGAGCAACUGAAACAACAGUUGACUGAUUUAGAGAAAAAGGUUAGGAAGUCCUAGGACAUAACAACUUUGAAUUUAUUAGAAUUUAGAACAGCCUUAUUUGCUAAAUAAAGAAAGUUGUUGAUAAAUUAUUAUAUUAUCAUGUACUAAGGUAGCAUUUUAAGUACAGAAGUUUGUCGUAGCAAAUAUCAGUUUUUUUACAUUGAGGAAACAGCAAACUGGUCAACAAUGACAAAACAAUACAGUCUGUUAAACCUACAUUAAGCGGCCACCCUCAGGGUACCAGUAAAUGGCAGCCAGGGGAGGUUGGCCACUCAAUAGAGGUUUAUCAUAAAUUAGCAUUAUGUUUAGCAAAAACAGGAGCAGCAUUACUGGUCCAUGAUUGGUCGUCACCUUCUAUCUUGGACUGUAUUUUUCUUCAUCAUUAUUCUUGAUAUAAAGCUAAACUUAGUGUAUCAAGCGCUUGAUGGGUGCUUUAUAUAGGCAGACACUUAAAAGCGGUUUAAGUUCCUACCGUGACCAUUUUGAUUACUGGCUGCUUAACCCUUUAAGCCCCAAUAUCCACAUACAAAUUCCCCAAACUGAUCUCCAUACAAUUCCUUUAAGAAAUAUUUGAGAGAAUUUGAUGGCAGAUCAAAGCAUUUUCUCUCUAGUGAUCAUUUUAUAAAUUCUCAUAACCUAAUCUAUUGACAAGGUAUGAGUAUUGUUUGGAGAAAGUUGAUGUUGGUCACCAUUGGGACUUAAAGGGUUAAUAGAGAGUGGCAGCUUAAUUGGUGGCUGCUUAAUGGAGGUUCAACUUACUGUAAUGUUAUGGUGAUCUGCCUUUGAAUAAAUAACCCUUUUGGCUCCUUCACAAAAGUAGAAAUUGUCCUUGGCUGGUUUCUAUAUAUUUCAGUCUACAUACUUUUGAAAAACAAACUGGAGAAAUUGUAACAUUAUGGUGUUUAGCAAUAUUAAUUUUUUUCUUUAUAGCAAAAACAACUUAAAAAAGAAGAUGAAGAGUUAACCAAGAAGGAAAAGGUAAGUAAUUGCCAAUGAUCUAUUUAUUCUUCACCGAUAUUCUGUCAGAUUUUGUACUUCCUAGUGUGUCUGUGAAGUAUGUUUCUAAUAGAUCAUUUUCACCUGACCUCACAACAUGUACCAAAACAAUAAAACCUUGGCAGCUAUGUUUUUGUUUGGUCCACCAAAAAAUUCCUUGGAGGGUUGAACUCUUUUCUCUUGCAAAAACUUUCUCUUGUUCCAAGAAAUUUACAUACAUAUAGCAGCACACAAUGUGUGAGAAAAUGAUGUUCCAUCUCAGUAAUUGUAUUAGUAAUGAUAAUGACCACAGCAGGGGUGCAAGUGAGCUUCUGAACAUCAUACUCCUGAACAACUCCGAAGUGGUAUAAAACAAAAACUGGUUCUAAAGAAACUAAAGUCUUUUUCUUUGAACCAGUCUUGAGCUCGCAAAAAAAAUCAGCUACUUACUACAGCCCUGGUCACUGUAAACUUGCUUCAUCUGUAGAGUGCAUGUAAUAUUAUGGGUGACAAAUUACUUCUUCAGUUUGGCACAAAAUUUCAGCAUUAUUUUAUUUAUCAUUUCACUUGUGAAUUUACAAUGUUGCUAUGGUAACUUUUCCUACAGUACCAAAAUGACAUCCAGGUUAUUCUUUAAAUCCACUUGACACCAUGUGAUUACACAUACUUAUCGCAUGGGCUAGAGUUUAAUUAAGGAUUAAUUUAAUUGCUAUGAACAUUUAAAAACAGUUCUUUAUUCAUGUCAACAUCAGUGUGAUUGUUGUUUAAGCCCAGUUGGCUUGCAAAUAACGCUUCACUGGUAUCGUAGAGGUUACGGUUUGAAUUUUGGUGCAGUAAGCCUGAGUUUUUACAGGCUUUUCUUUUCACAAUUGCUUGAGUUGUGUUUUAAACUGUGAUGAUCUUCUCACCAUUUCUUUUGAAGGUUACUUAAUCAACUGUAAAUUUACUGUCCUAGAUACAUAUCUCAUAUUUUGUUAAUUUUUUGCAAAUUAUACUGUCAUCAUUGGCUUUAUGAUUAAUUUUCUUUUCCAUGUGUAUGCUUGUUACAGAAAGCUCCAAAGAAUGUUGAUACACUAAGUCAUGCAGGAUUUACCAGAACGGUAAGUAUGCAAUCCAGUUUUGAUUUUAUCAAAUAAACAACAAUGUGUUAGUGAUCAGACCAUUAAGGACAAAAAAAUUACAGUGUCUGAAUUCGUCAAUAGGCCAGUUUUGAGUUAGACUGUGAGCUGUCUCUCUUUUUGUUCAGUCACACGCGUGGUCAUCUGCUUGUCUCGGUCGUUUUGCUCGACGGACCAAGAAAAAAGAGAGACUGCUCGUAGCCUAGUUUUGAGUUAAAUGGUUAUGUAUCAACAUUUUAGACGUGGCUCUAAGGCUGGGGGAAAUAAGGCAAAAGAAAUGAAGUAUUUAUCCCUGAAUCUCAAUGUGAUUUCUUUUGUUUUAUUCACCUCAGCCAGAGAGCUAGGCAUGAAUUUUGACAAUUCAAGUUAAGACCUAUUGAAACCUUCUGAGUCUGUGAUACAAUAGAAUUUUCAGUUUUUUAACCUCAUUUUCCACUGCUGCCUAUACAAGGAAGGCAAAUGUACAAGUAAAUCAUUUUGCACAUGUACCUUAUGUAAACAACUAAUUUUUACAUUUUUGUUAUACUUCAGAUAAUAAAUGCGCCAAAGAAGAAUCCAGAUGAUAGUUUGACUGAAGAUGAGAAAGCUGAAAGAUCUGUACGUCACAUUUUUUCAUUUUUGUAAAUGGAGGCCUUGAGUUAAGGCCUGGCAACUAGCUGGAUUUUUUUCUUUUGCUAUCCCAAGUUUAACUUUUCAGUAACACUUGUUGAUAGCCCAUGGGUUUACCUUCUACUAGUUGGAAUUCUUAACUUUGUUAUGCAUAUGAAAAAAAAUUGUGUGAUUUAUUUGUUUCAUGUUAUUGCUAAUGCCCUUUCUUAGUUGUUUUGCUGUAAAUUUUGUCCCCUUCACGGUUGUAAGGGCAUGCUGGGUAAUCAGGACUAGAUGGCAUGGAACUAAAAAGUUUAUAUGGCAAUUCAAAGUCAACUGAUUCUUCCUAAUUGAUCAUAUUUAUCACUUUCUCUUUGCAAACUUUAACCAAUGAACUUAGAGAAACUAAACACUAAAUGUGGAGACCACAGUAAUCCUUUGUCACUUUUUAGAAAAUAUGACUUCUUCCAUACAUUAAUGUGUAAUUUUUGUGUUGUCGGAUAACAGAAAAAACAAAUGUGUGGAAACCUCAGGUUUUCUAUACAGCAACAAAGGACUGCUAUGCACUCCAGAUUUAGUGUGUAGUUUCUUUAGGUUCAUUAGUUACAAUUUUCAUUCAUUCUUUGUAUUUCCAUACAAACUUUUGAUUUUUCCACCAUCUUGAACUGAUUACCCAUCAUGCCAUUACAACUGUAAAGGAGUCUAUUGCCGAGGGUAGAUAGAGCUCAAUAGUAUCAUUGUUAAAACAUGACAGAAUGCACCUUGCGCUGAAAUUAUCCAGAAGAAGAAAUUCCCAUUUCACCUUUAAUUACCUUAUGGCGCAUCAUUUUCGUAUUUUAAUUGUGUUUUUUAUGUUUUUUCUUUUUAUAGCAAGCCUUCAUGGACAAAUACAAAAAAGAAAUUGAACACUUUGGAAUGCUGCAGGAUUACAAUGAUAGUGAAGAUUAUUUGCGUAAGAAUCCUCACUUGGCUUGUGAGGACACUGCAAACUAUCUUGCAUUGUGGUGUAUCAGCUUGGAAGUACAAGAGGUGAUUUUUGAAUUAAAAUUCAGUCAAUCAACUAUAGUGCUGCUAGUGUGUUCUCGAAUCAUUCUGUUAGUUUGGGUUACUUUUCGGUGCCUUGUAGAAAGACCAAAAUAAUUCUGAUGAAUGAACAAUCUCAAAAUGCAUUUUUAUGUGCCAAUUUUUUGAGUUAGUAACUGGCAGACACAUGUAGUUAUCAAAUAGACUAAUUUUACUGAGAAUUUGAACUUUCGUAGAAUCAAUACCCGCCUUUUCAAUGAAACCAAGAAAGAGGCUAGAAGUCGCAGUUAAAUGUGAGACCUAGAGGACUCAAACAACAACUACAACACAACAACAAAAUGAUUUUACUUUCCGCAUAUCACCAAGAGAAAUUUUUUUUUAUACUGGAUCAAAGCAGGAAAUCCAGAGCUGGGCAAGAAAUACCCAUCUUGAACGAUCAGCAAAUAUGGGAAUCAAGUCUUUAUCUUGCCCACUUGCAGAACCAGCCAUACAUGUAAAAUAAAUCAUCUGAUUGUACCGGUUUUAAUCACUUAUUCAACAGAAACAUUCCCUUAUGGAGCGAGUAGCUCACCAGACGAUCAUUAUGCAGUACAUAUUGGAGCUGGCCAAGUCAUUGGAUGCUGCUCCGCAAGCCACUGUACACUCAUUCUUCACCAAGUAAGUAAAUUUUGCGCAUUUUUUCCCCUACCUCUACAUUAGUUACCUUUUUCAUUAGCUAUCGUUGCAAAGCAUGCAGAGUAGGUGUCACAUGUAAACCAAGUAAAUGUCUUUGUAGCCUUACUAUCAGUCUCUUCGUAUCAUUAUACAGUACUCUUUCAUCAUUGCUGAUCCUAGCAGUACACAGGACGCGUGUCACAUAAGAAUCUAGUAAAUGGCUUAGUAGCCUUACCAUCAUUGUAUCCGCAUCAUUAUACAGUACUCUUUUAUCAUUGCUGAUCCUAGCAUUAUGCAGAGCAUGUGUCACGUAGUAUUUAACAAUUAUUCUUCGAGCCCGAAUGGGCUCUGAGUCAAUAGGCCUCAUGGGCUAUUGACUCAGAGGCCAUGAGGGCGAGAGGAAUAAUUGCUUUAGUAAAAUCCAACUAGUUGGUCAAAAAUAUCGAGAACAAAACAAUUUUAGCUAGUUAAAGCUAGACUUUAAUCCUUUUUGCCGCCAAAAAGCGCGCGCUUUAACAUAUAGCCUAUAGGCCUGUAGGCUAUAACAUAUAGCCUAGUAGUAGCUCAAUCAAUCAGAACGCAGCAUUGAUAAUAGACCUCUAGCUGGAUUUUACUAAUACAAUGUAUGAACUUGUUAAUGGCUUGGUAGCCUUUAAUACCAUCAUCGUAUCCGCCUCAUUAUACAUUACUAGCAGUAUGCAGGGAGUGUGUCACAUAUGAACCCAUAUACUGAUAGCAUAGUUCACCUCGAAUUCUUCCAUGCCAUAGCUCUAAUCCUGAGUUUAUUGUAAAAUGUAACCAAGAAGUUUUCACGGUAACUAAACCUGGAUUCAAGCUAGUAUAGUCGACUUUUCAACAACUGACCGGGCCCUGCAUGUAGAUUAGAGGUUAAAACAUGGUGUGUAUUUACGUUUGAUCUUCUUAUCGUUCUAAGGAUGAAAAAAGCAAAAACUGACUUCAAAGAGUACAUGGAGGCCUUUGAUGACGAACUCAAGUCGUUUUUAGUGAGAGUCAAAGAAAGAGCUGAGGCUAGGAUUGAGAGAGCUAUGAAGGAAGCUGAAGAGGUGAGACUCAAAAACAGGAAGACCCACACGAAAUAAAAUCGAUUCAAAAACUCAUUAAUAAUUCAUGAAGAAAAACAAAAGAAAUUUAAAAUGUUUUAUGAGUGUCUUAAUGUCUGAUAGAGACACGGCUAAACUUUACGUUCAAUUUAAAUUCAAUUCAGAUCUAAACAUUAGUGCAAGAAUAAGUUGAUCAAUAUCGGAGCGCAAUCGUGUUAUUAUCAGGUGUGAAAACCCUCGGCUUCGCCUCACGUUUUUAAACCUGAUAAUAUACUCUUGCUCGUUUUUUAAACAGUACUUAAACUUAAUUUAUUCAGAAGCGUCCAUACGCGGGAAGGUACAAGUGGCAGCUUAACCCUUAAAGUCACGAGAGUGAUCUUGACCAACGUCAAAUUUCUCCUAACAAUUUCAGUACAUAAUCAGAAGAAAAGGUUAUGAGAAAUAUUUUUAAACACUAAAAAAUUCUCUCAAAAAUUCUCCCAUUUAGCAGGAGGCAGAUGACUAGUUCACUAGACAGGGCUGUUUCUAAGAUUUCAAAUUGCCGUGUAUAUGCAGUUAGUAGGUAGGGAAGUGAACAGCCAGGGAGUUCUUUUGGUCUCAUCUUUCUUUUGUUUUCCAGAAAAUAGCCGGGGGUCAUGCUCUUAGUAGCCGGGGAAAUUCCCCGCCCCCCGGCCCUUAGUGACAGCCCUGCUAGAGUUCUUUUUUUUUUUGAGUUGGCAUUUUUUGUCGUUUAGUUUUUCCAAAACUUGUUCUCAUUGUAAACUGUGCUUGUCAGUCGUUAUUCUGCACUUUACUGUGAUUUUCCUCGCGAUCUAACGUCUGUAGCGUUUUUUGUUUCAUUUACCAUUUUAGUGAAACAUCAUUUAUGGCAGUAACGUAUACAAGAAUUAGUGACCGUAACUAUAUUUACAUUAUUCUCGAGGUAUUAAGCUUCUAUUUCGUUGAAAAUACUUUGCGAACAAACAAAAUAACGUCGUCAAUGAAGUCAAUUUCAGUUUUCCAACACUCAGAACUCAGAAGAAAACUUUCAAGAAGUUUAGCAAAUUAACAGUUAACAGCGUAUUGGUCUUUCACUAAUUGGAGAGCGAAAGUAACAACCUUCGCUUUAAAGUAUUUUGCUGAGCUUUUGCAAAUUUUUCUCGUUUAACCGCGUGAAACUGUGAUCUCGGCGCCUUUUAAUACAAGGUACGUUUUUAUGUUUUAUUUUUUCAGGAGGAUCGUCAAAAGAGACUGGGACCUGGAGGCCUAGAUCCUGUAGAGGUUUUUGAAUCAUUACCACCGGUGAGUAUGUUGUCGAGUAUCGCAACAGACCGCGCGUAUUCUUGCCUUGGUGACCGUAGGCUCGAUUUCUGCCGCUCUCGGGUCCUACCCAACGGCAUCGAGCCCAGGGUGAUUGCAACAGCGUAAGGGUAAUUAUUGCGGGCAGGUGACAGUUCCCCUCACUCUAUAGGAGAUAGACCACACCACCGGAAACGAGGCCCCCCUCUCUUUUCGAAAAUUAGUCUGAAUUCCUUUACGUCCCCUUCGAACUGACAAGGAAGGAUGGCGGAGACAAUGCCAAUAGCUCAACGGCACUGCCCAUAGACCUGUCCCGCAUUCCGCUCCAGUGAGCAAACAAAAAAAAUGAGGUUGAGGCUCGGUUGGACAAUUUCAUACAAAUCACUGUAUUUUGUCCACCCGAACCUCGAGUUGAUGCCUUUGUUUACAGGAAUGCGGGAAAGGUCUAUUGAUAUGAUCUUCUUAAGUGAUGUAAGUUGUAUAAAAUAAAAUAAAGACCCCAAUUAAUGGUCCGACCGGAGUUUUAACCCGGGCCUCCUGUUCGGCAGACCGGCACUCUUCUUUCUGACCUAUCCGGGCGGCCGAAGUUAUUUUUUAUAAAUGAUAGUUCAUAACCCUACCCCUAUUAUUUGAAGAAUGUAUUUUAGGGCAAGUAAACAAAUAAUCAGUUUAAGAAAGAGGAGGCAAGCCAAGCCUGGUGGAGGUUUUGAACCCGGGACAAGCCAGCUAGCGGCUAGAGCGGAACUUGAGCCAGGGACCUCCAGAUUACAAGCCCAGCGCUGUAACCACUCAUACUAAGGCCAUGACCAUAUACUGUUUGCCAUACAUUCCUCACUCAUUGUACAAGUGCCACUCACGCACAUUUACUAACUUCUUGGGAAAGUUGUAGACCAUUUUACAGUUGUUGCCUUAGUAUCCUGGCCUUUGAGUGAACGUGAGGCUGAGGUUGACCUUGUUUUGAUACAAACCUUUCUUAUGGAAAUUAUAGUUAAAAAGUACUAGUUAGCAAUCGCAUAAGGACAACAAAGCGGGAAGGAUUGUAUCAAACCAAGGUCAACUUCAUCCUCGCUUUCACUUGUAACUUCGAGACCCAAGAAACCACUCACUGAUGUUUGUGAAGACGUUUUCUGAAAAAAUAAAGUAAGGCACUUUUUUUUUGCCUUUUAAUAAUGAUUUCAUUUAUCUUCGUGAAGUCUGCGUUGACUUGGCAGAAAUAGUAUGAGGAAAAUUACGGUGCUCACAGGCUACUUGUAGUCACUGGCGAAAGACCUUGACAACCAUACAAAGCCACCGGAUGUUAACAUUAACAUUAACGCAAAAUGUAACAACCUAUGACGCAAAGUGUAACAUUAACGCGAGAUGUAACAACCAUUGACCCAAAAUGUAACAACUUUUUUAACAUAUGCUUUUCACAUUAUGUACCUUUCAUGUGUUCCCGAUGUUUCAUCUUCUAGCACUUAUUUUUAAGUACCAACCGAUAUUCUUUGAUCGCUGUAGACUCCUUUACAAGGGAAAAUUCAGCGUCUAGUUUUUAGCUGACUCUCUGACGAGUUCAUGUACCAUAUUUGGUCAUCAUUGAGCAGGUUUAUGGCUGGAGCUAAUAACACUUCUCCGUUGAGCCGAGUCCCGACCAAAAUGCAGGAAAUCCAUACAUGACCUUAGUCCAGUUUUUAAUAAUCGCUUUUUAAUAUCGAAAAUCUCAAUAAAUAUUCUCUUUACGUUACCACCAUACAAUUUUGACAACUGACGGUUUAUUCCAAGUUUCUAAGUUAUUUCGAGGCUGUUGCAUUUUACGUUGUCACAUUUCGCGUUAAAAAUAUUUUCAUUUUGCGUCAAAAACUUGUUACAUUUCGCGUCGAUAAGUUGUUACAUUUUUUGUCAGAAUUUGUUACAUUUCGCGUCAAUGUUACACUUUGCGUCGAAAGUUGUUACAUUUGGCCGUAAUGUUUCAUUGUGCGUCAUUUUGCGGCGUAACAACCGGAUACCGCAUGCGUGAUGAGAUUAUGAUAAUUGAUAGAUAUAAUACUUAUCCAGAAGAAUGUUAAUUUCCAAAACCAACUUUUUUUUUCCAGGAGCUUCAAAAGUGCUUUGAGGAAAAAGAUAUUCCGAUGCUGCAACAAGUUCUCGGUAAAAUGCCGGAAGAGGAAGCCAGAGGGUAUUUGAAAAAAUGCGUCGACUCCGGCCUGUGGAUUCCUAACGCACAGGACGCCCAAGCGAAUGCCGAAGCUGAAGAAGGUGAUGCGGAUGAUGAAGGAGAAGAAGAACAGUAUGAGGCUGUCAGAGAAGAGGCGGAACCGGAGAAAUAA